UGAAAACGUCAAAAUCAAAACAACAGAAAUAUUCAUAAAGAUCGUGUAAAAGAAGUUUGUCAACAUGACCAAGAAAACCAGAAGGGCUUUCCCGGACUUUUUCUAUUCAAAAGACUCACUCGCGGAACGUGUGACUCCACUACCAUUAAAAAAUGGUACAUAUUUUAUGUUGUCAGUCGACGAACAUCAACAGCAACAAGAUUCUAAUCCAUCCUACUACUUGCCACCUUACGAAGACAACGAUGACGGCAUGAUCGACUGUUUGGAUGUUGAAGAUUACGAGAUAGUGCAAACGAAAUAUGGAAAAUUCAUGACAUCUUUUUAUGUGCCUGGUCCAUUGCAGUCUGUGAUUAUUGGUACUGGUGGGAAAAAAUUGAGGAUGCUCGAAGAUAGGACUAAUACUAAAAUUAAAGUACCGAAAACAAAUGAGACGGGUGACGUUAAAAUUAUUGGGAAUAACGAGCGCACUGUGGCUUCUGCCAGAAGUCAAGUUGCAUUAGUGGUGUUGACCAAAAGGGAAAAAUUGCCUGUGACUCACUUCAUAUCCAUACCAAUGACUAGUCCAGAAAUACAGAAAAAUUUUGAAAAAUUUCGAGACGAAAUUCUGAAUGGUCCAAAAACUAGAGGUAUUGUCCCUUCAGUUUUUCAAUCACCUGCAAACUUACAUUUGACACUCACAAUGCUUAUGUUACUGGAUGAGAAAGAGAUUGAAGAAGCUAGGCAAACUUUGAAGAUUUGCCAACAGGAGACAAUACAUAAGUUAUUUCCGAGAGGUCAAGAACAUACGAUUGUUGUAAAAGGUGUAGAGAUAAUGAAUGAUGAUCCUUCAGAUGUACAUGUAUUGUAUGGCAAAAUUGUUCAAGAUGAAAAACUGCAACAACUAGCAGAUGAGAUUGUCAGCAGUUUUGCCAGGAAAGGAUUUAUUAAGAGACAGUAUGAUAAAGUAAAACUUCAUGUAACAUUAAUGAAUUCAGUUUUCAACAAAAACAAAGAGACAUUUGAUGCAAAUGACGUUCUUAAAAAAUAUGAAAAUUACUAUUUUGGAAAAACAAUCUUUGAAUCAGUACAGUUGUCAAUAAGGUUCAGUUUUUCAAGUAGUGGUUAUUAUGAAUCUGCAUGUACAAUUCCUGUUUUAUAAGUAUUUAAAUUAAAAUAAAUUAUUUGUUGUUAAUUGUCUUUUUACUGGUGAACACAGAAGUUAAUAAUUUUACCAGAUAUUCUUUAUAAUAGUUCCAUAUUAUUUUUUACAAAUAAAUUGUUUGAGGUAAAUAAUUUUUUUCCAAUAACGCUUUAUUUAUUUAUAAUUAUUUUAUUAGUUAUAUUAUUAUAACAAUAUAUUUAUUAUCUUAUUAAUAUUAA